UGUUUGGCAAAAGGAAAUAAAGACGGGAUUUGAAAAAAAAUCGGGAUUUCACCGAUGGAAAAGGGAAAUCCAUGCGUUUGGCAAAAUCUACUAGGUAUUUGGCAAAUCACUUGCGGGAAAUAUGGAGGGAUUUCCCAAUCCAAAAUCCCGAGUUUAAAUCCUAUCAUAAUUGGUGGAAUUCUGAAAAUCUCAAGAGCGGGGGAAAUUGUUUUUGCUGCGCGCCAACAAAGAUACCUUAUAUCAGUUUUCUAUCAAGACUGGGAGAAGAAGGCAGGCCAUCCAAGUUUCACAGGUCUUAUAUCAGUUUUCUAUCAAGAGUGGGAGAAGAAGGCAGGCCAUCCAAGUUUCGCAGAUUUUGCCAUCUAUCAUCUUUCAAUCUAAGACUCUGUUUUGCUCCAAUAAAGGUAUAGUCUCAACCUAUCCUUGCUUUUCAAUCUGUGUUGUUCCAAUAAAGGAUAGAUU